AUGCAAACUUUAAAAUGUGUUGUAGUAGGUGAUGGUGCUGUUGGUAAGACAUGUCUAUUAAUUUCAUAUACAACAAAUCAGUUUCCAGCUGAUUAUGUUCCAACUGUCUUUGAUAACUAUGCUGUAACAGUCAUGAUAGGUGACGAACCAUAUACUUUAGGUCUAUUCGAUACCGCUGGUCAAGAAGAUUAUGAUAGACUAAGACCUCUUUCAUAUCCAUCUACAGAUGUAUUUUUAGUGUGUUUCAGUGUCAUCGCACCACCAUCCUUCGAGAAUGUUAAAGAAAAAUGGUUCCCUGAAGUACAUCAUCAUUGUCCUGGUGUUCCAUGUCUAGUGGUUGGUACUCAAAUAGAUUUAAGGGAUGAUAAGAUUAUUAUCGAAAAAUUACAAAGACAAAGGUUACGCCCUAUUACUAUUGAACAAGGUGAAAGAUUAGCAAGAGAUUUGAAAGCUGUUAAAUAUGUAGAAUGUUCUGCUUUGACCCAACGUGGGUUGAAAAACGUCUUUGAUGAAGCUAUUGUUGCAGCUUUAGAACCUCCUGUCAUUAAGAAGAGUAAGAAGUGUACUAUUUUGUAG